AUGGCGACGGACUCCAUGGCCCAGGUGGCAGUUCCUUGGGCCACCCGUAGACAGUGGCUGAUGAUGAGAAACAAUGGCUACAGAGAUGAAAUGGAAGGACCAGUGCUGGUAGGGUAUCUAGAUACUCUAGUUCCUAGGGAACAGGGCACUGGAGGCGGAGAGGGUGGAGGAGCGGUGAACGGCGGCGGCGGAGGAGGAAGCGGGAAUGGCCAGGGAGCUGCUCAGAGUGGAAGCGGAGGAACCCAUGGAAGUGCUGGAGGUGGCGGAGGCGGGGGUGGUUGGUCAGGGUAUAAUGGUACUGGGUAUGGCGCUGGGUCCGGUAGCGGCUCAAGCUCUGGUCAGAUGAGCCAAGGGUCGUCAUCCUAUGGUGGUGAUGGUGGGAGUACAAGCGCAGGUGGUUCCGGUGGCGGGGGCGAUGGUGGAGAGGCGGCCGACGAUGACGACGACUGCCCUGCUGACUCCAGUGGCUUUGGGAAAGGUGGUGGCACCUGA